AUGAUAGGCGAAAUUAGGAGUUGGCUAAUCCUGAAGGUUAUCAGGACCCCCGCUCAGGGAAUAGCUUCGUCUCCUAGAUCGGAAGCCUCCAGCUAUUAUGGCGUCGCAUCAGGCCGACAUAUCCUGGUUUUUCCAGGAAAUCACUCAGCAGGAAUAUGUCCCCGCCGGCGCAUAACCGUAUUCACAAAAUCCGACGCCUCAUUCCAGGGGUGCUGGUCCCCGGCAGGAACAUAG